AUGUCUGCAGAGAAGGUAAAAGGGUGGGGUUGUGGUUUUGUGGGUUUUUUGAUGAACAUUUCAUAAUGAGAUUUAUUUUUAUGUUCAUUCAGCUGCUGUGUGAUGACAGGUCAUAAAUAUUGAAAAUUAGUCUUACAGGCUCUUGGUAUUGAUGCAGAAAUUGCAAACUUUUGUUCAUGAACAGUUACGUAAAAUUCCACGACAGAGUUUCGAGUUAAGGUGCAAAUUAUUUCAUAUUUUCUGAGGCUGAUGUUUUGUGUUUUAGUGUUUCAGUUUUCCAAAUCUAGAAACUAAAUGGACCGUCUUUCUUUGUAUCUGAUUUAUGUUUUUUUACUCCGAUGGAGCAUGCACAGAUCUCCUCUGCUGCGCCAUGCGUCUUCAAAAGCACGCAUGAGGGAUUGAAGGAUGUCGGUAAUCCUCGACCUCUCAUAGUGCUGCUGAGGUCACAUCCGAACCAAAUACAAGAGGAUAUAUAUUUACUCAUGGGUCGUCUUUCUUUAACGCCUGUUCAUUCACAGUCAAAAGUUCUUUCUAAAUAUGAAAAACAAUGAUGUGUGUCAACAUUGUUUAACCAUUUGAGCUGAUGCUAAGGGAUCUUGCAUGCUUACAGAAAAUAGGUUAAGUCAUUGUAGCUAUUAUGUAAUAUCCUGAAGAUGGCCUACAAUUAUAAAUUCAUGGGGAAUAUUAUGCGACAAGUGUCAGCCUGUCCAAAACUUACAAACACAUCCUGAAUUUUUGAUCAAUUAUUUACAAAUGCUUCGAUCAGAACGAUGAGAUGUUCGAGCGUGCUGAGUGGAACCCAAGUUUUCCAAGGAUCCCUCAAAUGUCUUAAGUACAUAAAAAAAAAAACAUUUUUAUUCUGUUUUUAAAGAAUAUAAAGACCGUACUUUACACUAAUACUCUCUGAAAAUAUCAAAUCACAUUUAACAACUUUAACCACGACUCUUUACCGCAAAAUCAAACCAUCAGACUGAGAUGUGAACACAAAUAGACUCCAUCGAGGCCGGAUCUACAUCUAAUAGGAUUACCUGUCUCCGCUGGCCGCAAUCACUCUGACCUCCUUCUUCGUGACCUGAGAUAGUAACACACAGGUCCUGUUCACUUGUGCAGAUUUAGCAGAUUUAGAGUUCUCACACUCGUGAAGAGCUAGAAAAGCAAAAUAACCAGUUCAGCGAUUACUUAUUACUAUAAAACUCAAUUUACUGGCCUUGUGAUGAAGUACACCUCUAUAAUGUGAUCCAGUACAGUAACUCUGCUGUGAAUUUAAAGUUAAAGAUCCUUUAUUUUUUGAGGAAGUCCAUUGAAUUGUCAUUUUUUCUGCAUGUUAAUGUGGAGGGCUGUUUUAAACCUUUAGUGCAUUUUAAUAAAACAAACAUUCACAGCUCCUUUGAGGAGUUUCUAACUGGUUAUGAAACCGACUAAAUUUAGCAGUGAUGCCUCUUUUGUGACCUUUGAAAGCAGACUAGACCAUCAGCAUUUAUACGAUGUACUGUCACUUUAAACCACUAUGUCGGAGUCAGACAGCUUAACGAAGAAACCUCCACCUAUUAAGUAUUUGCAGUAAAUAUUUAUAAUAAGUGAUGCUAGUUGACCCAAAAAAAACUAGAUUAAAUUUUGGUCAGAAAACAUGACAGUGAGAUGUACACUCUGCAUGUUUAAUGCACUUAAGUUUGAGACUACUGCACACUACAUCCACAAAAAUACAAAUGUAGUUAAAGCACUUGUGAGUGAUUUUUACUUUCCAUUGAUUAUGGCGCCCCCUGUGGACAAAAGUGCAUUUCUUUUCUCUCUUUUUUUUCCACAUGGGAUUUCAUUUAAUAUUGUACACAUCAGGCAGAGUUAAUCAAAGUCGAACAUUUCUGUGUUUCUACAUGCUAAGUUAAUUGUGGAAAUAACAUUUAAUGUAAUUUCUGCAUUAAUUACGUUAAAUUAAUUACAUCAAAUCUGCAUGUAGUGGCACAUGAAGUGGAGGUUAUGUCUAAGCAAUAUCCUCAAAAAGACAAGAGUAUGUUUGAGCACAUAGAUGCAAACUGUGUGGGAGGAUCACAUUAUCAGAGAUUUGAGAUCUGGACAGACUCAAGAGAAUUAUUAUUUUUUUAGUCUUGAUGAAUAAGCACAAAAAAUGGUUUGAAUGCAAAAUAACAGACAAGUAGGAGUGAACAGAUGUGCAUCAGAGCGCUCUUUUCAUGUCCAUGUCAAAAGUCAUUUUUAUUUUAAUAUUUUGACUUCACAGGAUAAGAUCAUGUAUAAAGAGUGUAUGAACCAUAGACUGUAUACAGAAUGGACGCCGUCAUGUGAAGCCUCUGCGAGAAACAGCACCCUCUGGUGACGGGCUGCAGUAUAGGUCAUAGACCCCGCCUCCUCCAGCAAUCCCUAUGGAGCUGUGGAAAAACUUGAAAAAAACUUGAAAAAAAAAUAAUGACACAGAAUAUAAAUGUUUCUCCCCCUGGUUGUGAUGUUGACAUGUAGUUACUGUCAGACUGGUUUGUGCUCAAGUCCUCUUUUUUCUGUACAGCUCAGUUUUUAAAAGUUAUUAGGGGGUUCAUGUUUUCUAUGAUUGACACCUGAUACAGCCUAUGAGUGUACAAAGACUGCGUAGCUCACCUGGGGAUACGCAGUUUGAGCCGAGCGUCAUCACAGCGACUCUCACGCUGCAUGUGUACAAUGCUACUGCGCACGAAGUGGAGAAAAUCCAGAGAGCAAUUUGGCUUCAGAUUCAUAUAAUUUGUCCGUAGUAUAUCCAGUCUAUGUUAUGAAGUCUAUAAUUGGAUUUUGUUGCACCCACCCAUUCAAAGUCUCUCUGUAGGAGGCGUGAUCACUUACAUAAAAUCGUUACCAAACUGUGAUCUUAAAAAUAGUCAUGGAUUAUUCAGCUGUAGAGAAUGAAGUCUUAUGUUCAGUUAUGAACCAUUCAAAAGUUUAUAAAAUUAAAUGUAAAUCCUCUGAACAUUUUAUUUAUAAGCUCUGUUUUGUUGUUGUAGCUGAAAAUUAAUUUUAUAACCACAGACGAAGUAAUAAUCCACAUUUUUUCCCUCCAUUGCUUCGAUCUCCUCACAUCUUGGUAAGUCGUUGAUAAAGGUUUUAAAAACUGCUUUUCUAGUUUUCGUAUUUUAGCAAAUGUUUCACGUGUUUCCCCACAGUCUUCUCUUUCUCAUCAAGUUUUAAUAAUUCAUGUUUUUAUUUCUUUGAAGAAAACCAAAAGAAACCAAAAAAGAAGAAAGAGGAGGCAAACGGCACAACAGAAGCAAAGCUGAAAGAGGCCAAACCCAAAAAAACAAAGACCAAAAAAAGUGAAGAUGUGAUCGAAGAGGCCAGUCCUGCAGUUCAAAGUGAGAAACUUCAACAUCCCUCUGAUAUUUCCAACAUUUCCAACAAAGGAAGCUGAUGAAAAACUGUGAUAUUACACACAUCUCUGCUCUGAUCUAACAACAUUAUUUCCUCUUGACCGUAGAUGGAAAGAAAGUGAAGAAAAAGAAACCAGAAAAAGAGAAAGAAGAACCAGAAAAGGAGAAAGAAAAAGAGCCAAAGAAGAAAGCCAAAAGUGCUCCAAAGAAGAAGAAAGGUUCGUCAUUCGUAUCAUUUUUAAACUCUGCCAUCAGAAAACUCUGUUUUUAUCAGAACUUUGUUAAAUGUUUGAAUAUUUCUGCAGAUUCAGGCUCAGAUGACGAGGACGAUGAUGACGAGGACGACGACACCCCCAAAAAGAAGACAAAGAAAAAGACGACAAAGGAUAGCUCUCCAUCUGCGAGUUCUGCCAAAGAGAAGAAAUCCAAGUCCAAAGGUAUGACAAGAAGCAGGAAAACGGUGUUGUAAAGGCAUUAACGGCGUGUUCUGGACAGACUUAUGUCCUUAAGAGGAUUACAUGAUUUUAUUCUGUAAUGGUGAGUAAGUGGAAACACUGACAUGGAGGUAACAGAGGAAACAAAACACAGCAAUCAUCAACCAAACAGUGCACCUUUAAAUACACAACUGUGGAAAAUGUCAUUAAAACGGCUGCAACAGUCAGAACCUGCACAUUUCCUACUCUCACUCACACAGAGGAGUUUGGCUCGACUCCCGUGUUUGUCUUCUGUGGCUCUCUAAUUUUGCAGGAGGUCUGGAAAAUGUUAAGUAAUAUAAAUGAUAUAAACAUGAGGGUUAAUUUUCCAAACUGUUGAACAUAUUCUCCAUUAGUGAGUCAAUUAGUGAGCAAUGAUAAGCAAACUCCAGGAGCUGGAUUACACAGAGUUCUGUAGACCAUCAAACUUUCCUGAAAACUUUGAUAAAUGCUGGUCAGUCAUGGUUUUUAAUUUAGCUUAAAAUUUGGUAAAUAUUAGAGUAGUUUAAUAAGAAUCCUUUUAACCCCAGAAGAGGUGUCGUUGUACUUUUACAUAUAAAUAUUGUUAAAAUGUUGGAUGUCAAUACUCAGUGUGCUGGAGUAAUCCCCGAAUGAAUCUAAAGGCAGCUCUGAGUGACUGAAAUCAGCAGGAUCAGCAUAACAUUUGCUCACACUGUGACAUAAACAGUCGGCGAAUCUCCGUAUAAGGACAAAGUUGUCAUUUUAAAAAGAAAAACAUACUUUGGCAACAGUGAAAGAGGCUUCUAGAGUGCGAGGUUGUGGAGUACGAGUAGGACUUUUUGAGAGACGAUAUCUGUAAAGAGAGUUUUUUAGACACAAGGCCUUUGGAAGUGAAGAAACUACAACAGAAGAACAAUACUAACCUGCUAACCUUUCAUGCUAACCUCGACUUUAGCAUCUCUGUCUUUGUUUAGUUUAAUAUGUUAGACGAGUCCUGAACUAUUGAACCAGUGGACCAGAGCUAAUUUAUUUUAAUGGACUAAUACAACAGAAUACAAUUUAAAAACAUUAUAAAGAUGGCCACAGAUUUCAGCCCUGGACUUCUUUGGUUCAUUCAAACAGAAAAUUACAUUCUGAAGGAUAAACUUGUGGGUUUAGGAUAAAGUUGUGGGUGAGAGAAAUCUCAGACGAUACGGCUGAAUGAGAAAACCUGAGAGUCUGUGUGUAAAUAAAGAACUUUGGUUUACCAAGAGCCGCUAAGGUUAGCAUAGCCAGCACCACCAGCCUUCGGUCCUCCUUCCAGGUUCAUGCCCACAUCUCCGUUUCAUUGACACAUACCUCCUGUUGAGUGGUUACAUUCCAGUUUAACCAAUUUAACCAGUCUACAUGCAACUUUAUCUCCAUUUUAUAGAAAACAAAAUAGCCAAGUUUUGUCACUUUAACACAAACAUCGUUAUGGGCCUGUAAAAACACGGCUCUGGGCCUGUAAUGUGGUGAUACUUUUUUAGGGCCCCGAGUUUCAUCUUCAUGUUUCUCCUCCUGAUGACUUCAGGGUCUUCUUUUGAUCCAGGGGACUUAUGACUCCUUUGACUCAACCUAACAUUUCAUAAGAGUGAGUUUCAUCCAUUCACACCUCAGUAUUGGAUAACUGUACCAUAAGCCUCAGAGUGUUGCUCAUUCCUCCUAAUUAUGCUGUUGGAUCAUCUCCAGAGCUUUUGCCUUAGAGCUCAACUUAACCUCCUGCCACCUCAGUCAUGUCAGUGAUGCCUGCUUGAACUUGUUUGUGGCUCCGUGCCCCUCCUGUACAGUAAAGAGACAAAUGUUUAUGGUAACCACGGAGGAAGCCUCAGAGAAGUCGACUUCUCUUUCGCUUUGACAGUCGAGCUAAAAUUAAUGCAGCAGGUAUGAAUGCACUUGUUUAGUCUGCAAAAUAAACACUGUCACCAUGUAGUCAGAGCCAGAAUUACUAAUAAGUUGAACCAGUGAAAGAUAGUUUUAUUAUUAUAGGCCUGAAAUGAAAGUCAAAUGUUGUGUCAAAGCUGUAAUGCUGCCAUGAGCCACUAGUUGGGGCUGUAGCCCAGCGAUGGCUGCUGCCAUCACAUGUAAAGUGAUAGAUGGAAUCUUAAAGGUUUGUUUGGUAACAUUUAAUCUAGAAAAUGGAGGUUAAGAUAUGUGGACGCUGUGUCUGGUUAGAGUGUGGAUAGUAAUAUGUAAAGACUGAAAGAUGGUGGUACUAGCUCUGCUAAUGUUAGCCACACCAACAAAUUUCUGACAAAUUUUUUUCCUCUGAUUUCUGUACUAAUACUUUUUUUGUCCUCUUUCUGUUUUUUGGACUUGAUUAAACUUAACAAGCGGGCCACGUUUGCUUCCAAUAAAUUGAGCAGAGGAGGAUGAAAGUGUCUGUUUUUGAAUGAAAAGAGGAAAAUCAAUUAUAAACAAAAAAAAUUAAGAAAACAGGUAAAUUAGUCUGAAAAAUGGGAAAAAAUAUUCCGGAAGACAGAAAAAAAAAAAGACUGAAAAACAGAAGCAAGAGUUGAAAAGAUCCUCAAAAUACAAAACGCAAAUUUAGUGUAAAGGCAGCUGUUUGUUCAGUUUAUCUAGUAAUCUAAAAAAAAUCAGUUUAAGAUGAAAUCUACAACAAAAUGUGGGUUAAAUUUUUUAAUUAUGAUGUUAUGUCUCACUAUCACUCCAACAUGAUUAUAAUAGAUGAAGAAAUAUCACACUGUAUUUAUUUCUUGAUAUUUUCCAGACAGUCUCGGCCAUUUUUAACUUUGAUUGAACGUUUUAAAAAAAAAUCAUCAUUUCUCAAAGUACUUCGCUCAGCAAAUAUUUGGCUGCAUUCCUGAAGUUCUUGAUUGUCACCACUAAGCAGCUCUCCCAGUUGUUUUGUACACAGAUUCUUCAAUAUGAAAAAAAACACAAUUCAAAACGCCACAGGAUAUGUGGCACAAGGUUUCAGCGAGGAAUUCAACGUUCUUAGUCUCAAUAUCUUUAAAGUUAUGCGCCCUCAGUGUCAGCGGUUUGUGUCCCUCUUAUGUAAACAGAGACAGAAAGGAGAGUAAAUACCUACGAGCAGUGUUUCUUGGGUUUGAAAUACCUCAGUGCUAAAUUAUAUGCAUCAAACCAUCAGCCAGAUACGGUUGCUUCAUCGAGAAAAACUGAUUACUUCUCAAAAUCUCGAAUGCUCCGAAUCUGCCAAGAAAGCAGAAACAAAAACAGGAGCAGAUCUCAAACUGAGUAAACAAAAUCUCUGCAUGCUGCAAACUGGAAUACUCCAACAAGUCUGUCCAGAGUUGUUUCCCAAUGAUUGACUUCGAUAAGUCCAAAACAAAAAGCCAAGAAAUGUGUGUUUUUGACUUUAAGAAUAAUUGAAUUAUUCAUCGCUGUGUGUGCGUAAGUUUUCAGGUUUGCUAACACAGUCAAGGGCAGAUGAAACUUUUCUUAACUUUGCUUGUUUUUUGUCAUUCAGAGGAGAAAGAUUCUGAAGGCAAAGAGAAAAAGUCCAAAUCCAAAGACAAGGACAAGAAAAAAGAACCAGCUUCGAUGUUCCAGAUAAACGGAGAGAAAGACUCAAAAAGCAAGAAGAAAGGUGAUAACAUUUUUAUAAACUCUCUAAAUCGACUAACCUUCCCUUUAUGCACAGAGAUCUGACAGCCUGUUAAUGUUGAAUUUAUCAAAAAAAAAGUUCUGACUGAAUGGAAAUCCCUUAACAGCAGCCAAAUCCGACAGUGAUGACAGUGAAGAGGAGACAAAGUCGAGUAAACCUAAGAAGAAAUCCACCGCUGGCUCAGCGUCCAUGUUCCAGACCUCAGGAGACAAGGACAAGGACAAGGACAAAGACAAGGACAAGGACAAGAAGACAAAAAAGAAAGGCAGGUUAAGUCGAAACUUUAACCUCUUUUUGGGUCACGAACAAGUGUUUAACAACUCUAAUUUUUAUUUCAGCAAAGGCAGAAGAGAGUGAUGAUUCCGACUCAGAAAAAGAGGAAAAAUCCAAAAAGAAGAAGGGCAAAGGAAAGAAGAAGAAGGUAUUUGAGAGUCCGCCAAAAACCUGAGAGACAUGUUUUAGUUAUUUAAAGUCGUGUCAGAGAGGUGAGUCGAUAAAUCAAACGAUUCUGUUCCAGGAAAGAUCUCCGUCUCCUGAGAUUGUGUUUGACGACUUGGAGAAGUUUGUGAUGCAGCCAGCUGUGCAGGGCACCACCAUCAAGUGCCGAGUGACCCGAGACCAGAGGGGGGUGGAUAAGAGUCUCUACCCUCUGUACUACCUCCACCUCGACAACGAGAAAAAAGUAGGUGGUAAUAAUCUUUAAUAUGCUUUGAUAUCAUCCACUUUGUCAUGUCUCAUCCUCAAGACAGCUACAAGCUUUUACUUCUUCUACAGAAGAAGAACUUUAUUUUAUCCCCAAAGGGAAAUUCAAUAUGAUAUAAAUCAUUCUAUAAUUCUAUAAUGAUAAAAAUAAUAAUAAUAAUAAAAAUUAUAAAAUAAAAUAAAAAUUAUAAAUAAAUAAAUAAUAAUGAUAUAAAAUAAAAAUUAAUUGAAAUAAAAUAAAAUAAUAAAACAAAUGAAAAUCGUUAUGAAUAAAUAAAUAUAAUAAAAUAAUGAAACAAAAUAAAAAUGAAAUAAAAAAUGAAAUAGAAAAUUAAAUUAAAAAAUAAAAUAAAUAAAAUAAAAAAUAAUACUUUAAAUUUAUAUAAAUAAUAUAUUAUAUUCAAAUCCAAAAUUCAGUGCGCUCGAGGUCAUUAUAUGUUAUUAUGAUGUAAGGAGCAUUUAUGAGUACUCCUCUGCAGUGACAUGAGGACACCAGACUACAUCUGGUACAUCACUGUACAUGAUAUUGCUCUGUGUCUUUGGCUCUAACAGGACAUUUUCUCUGUUUUGUCUUUCUUCUACGUAGACGUUUCUGUUGGCUGGAAGGAAACGAAAGAAAAGUGCAACUUCCAAUUACCUCAUCUCCAUUGAUGCCACUGAUUUAUCCAGAGGAGGGGAGAACUUUGUUGGAAAGUUGAGGUACGCUGCACAUAGAAACUCACUUACGCCAAACUUAGCUUACUUCAGUGUAUGUUCUUCACCAUUUAAUAUAUUUUCAGGUCUAAUCUGAUGGGGACAAAGUUCACAGUUUUUGAUAACGCGCUGAAUCCAGAAAGAGCUCUUCCUGACUUGUCUAAUGCCAGGCAAGAAUUAGCGGGCAUCAUCUAUGUAAGUCAUGAGACGUCUGAAAUACUGCUCAGAGUUUGGUUGAUUAGAAAGAAAACUUCAUUCUUAAAGUAUAAAAAAAACAAGGCCUCAUUUAGAAUUUUUUUUUUAUUGCACCAGGAAACAAACGUCUUAGGAAUGAAAGGUCCCAGAAGGAUGACGGUGGUUAUUCCAGGAAUGGACAAGGACAACGAUCGAGUCCCGCUACGACCAAGAAAUGUACGCUGAAGGUUUUUCUUUCUGUCAUUGUUAUGACUAACGUAAAUGGCAUGCACUUAUCAAAAUAAAGAAAUGCCCAGACUAAGUCACCAGGGACCAAACAGAGCUUCUUCUUAUUUAACGGGGGAUCCAUGACAGUCUCCUGAUAAUUUAGAUUCAGAAGAACUCCUGUUUGUACCUCUGUGCAGUCUUCAGUUCCUAAACUUAAUUAAUUAAAUCGUUUAAACCGAAUCACUAAAAAUAAAAGUGUGUUUUAUCAAUGGAUUGGUUUUCAUUUGGUUGUAAUUUGGAGCAAACCUUUUGGCAGGGAGGUUCUGGGUCAUCAGUCGUCUAUCUCCAGACUCUGAUAUCUUGACUUCAGUCAUGACUGUUGAUAAAUAAGAACAACAAACCGCCAAAAUGUGAAACCUCAUCACAUUUUCUUCAUUUUGUUUUUGCUCUGCAGGAAUGUGACGGCCUGUUGUUAAGAUACCAGAACAGACGGACGGAAAAUUUGAUCGAGCUUCGCAACAAGACGCCCGUGUGGAACGAAGAAACGGCGUCUCACGUGCUCAACUUCAACGGCAGGGUCACGCAGGCUUCGAUUAAGAACUUCCAGAUAGUCCACAACAAAGACUGUGAGUACUGUCAGGCGAAGUUUCUAGGAUGAUGUCGUGGUCCACAAUCAUUCCUGACCAAUCACAAUGACCGACGGGAUGAUGUUAAAAUUAAGAGGGGCUGUUCCAGACGACAAUGUCAGUCACUCACUUGGUUUCUGAAAAGCAUCUUCAUCAUUAUAGUUCUUGGAUGUCACGUUAGAAAGGCGGGGAUGUUGUUAUCUUUCAGCAUCAUCUCCAUCAGUCUUUCUUCUGUUUGUUUAUGCUCAUGACUUUCUCGGGUACAGUGCGCUCUGACAUGACGCUAGGGCUGGGCGUAUAUGGCCUCAAAUCAAUAUCACAAUAGAUUAAUAUUAAAUUUUAAGUUUAUCGCCCGGCCCUAUGUGAAACUACACAUUAUAGAAAAAAAUCAAGCGUGCUAGUCUGCCUGUCAGGUGUUGUGAGUCGUCUCGUCCAAAACUCUGCGUCUGCCAGAUCCUGCUGUAACUGUGCUGACAACCUGGAGUCUCAAUCGCUCACUCUCUCUGUCUUUGUUACAGACUGGAUGGGGUGGAGUCACGUCUCUGAUGUAGGACAGCGUCUUAAAGGGACAUGAGACCAUAGCCUACCUACACACAUCCAAAACCAACUUUGAUUUCUUACUUUCAGAUACCAUCUUAUCCAAUCUUAAUCCACUUGGCAGCCUUUAGCGAGUUGUGUCGUAAAUUUUCAGUUUAUCGCCCGGCCCUAUGUGAAACUACACAUUAUAGAAAAAAAUCAAGCGUGCUAGUCUGCCUGUCAGGUGUUGUGAGUCGUCUCGUCCAAAACUCUGCGUCUGCCAGAUCCUGCUGUCACUGUGCUGACCCCCAGCCAUGCGUAAACCUCCACUCUCUGCUCCUCGCAUUUCCUGUCUUUCAAGUGCGCUGUUUAAUAAAGACAAAAAUGUCCUAAAAGGGGUGCCGCUGGCCUCACGGUUUAAGCAUGCACCCCAUGUACAAGUGCUGUUGUCUUCAAGCAGGCGGGCCGGGUUCAUCUCUAGCCUGCAGCCUGUUACAGACAUGUCAUUCCUGCUCUAUUGACAGUCCUAUCCUCUCCAGAAUAAAGGUGAACAAGUCUAAAAAAACUAAUGUAAAAGUAGAAAAGAUGGUUUAAAAAAGAAGAAAAAAAAGCUUUGCAGUCACAAGAUUCAGUUUUACUAAGAAAAAAAACUUUGUUGACCGCCCCUGGCUUUGGGCUGUCAUCUGGUUGCCAUUUUUGGCUGUAAGCGAACAAUGAAGACAGCUUUAAAAAACGGAGAAUCAUUAGAGUUACUGCAGUCGCUCCUCAGGCUGAAGUGUUAAUGUUUCAGUCCUGUGAUUUACCCUCUGGAGCCUCUUCAGGUCAACAUUUCAACAGAUUUUGGUUUUUGUCUUUGAAUAUUUUGAGCAUCAGUGACAUUAGCUGAUUUUUAUUGAACACAUCGGGACAUUUAGGCACAUUAUGAGCAAACAAUGAAAUAAUAAAACAAUGAAAGCAACUGUCAAAAGUAAAGUUAUGACAAAUCAACUUAUACACUUACAGUUUACAUAACCGACAUGUAAAAUAAACAUAAGGUUAAAUAGAUGUUAGACUAACAAUAAUAUUUAAAAAGUACAUCUUAUUCAGGGGCAACAGAAAACAUUUCCAUAUAACUCAAAGGGCUGGGCGAUAAACCGAAGAUUUACCGUUACAGAAAUUUACGACAAUAACCAACGUCAUUUAGCCGAUGUCAAUAUAUUCGGUGUCAAAAUAAUAAAUAAAUCAAAGUUGGUUUUGGAUGUGUGUAGGUAGGCUAUGGUCUCAUGUCCCUUUAAGACGCUGUCCUACGUCAGAGACGUGACUCCACCCCAUCCAGUCUGUAACAAAGAGGGAAAGACAGGUGAGGAGAUGGAGGACGGAGAGAAAGUUGUAGCGGCUGAAGUAGACGAAGUUAAUGUGGGAGGGGGUGAGCAGCUUGUGGAGUAGUUAUCGUCUAUUUAUCGUUAUCGAGGUGAACUGAUCAAUAUAUCGUGAUAUUGAUUUGAGGCCAUAUCGCCCAGCCCUAAUAACGCUGUACAUUCAUAAGUUUAAGAUACUAACAAACAGUUUAAAUUCUAUCAUUAAAAUGUUCAAAUGUUAUAAUAUUGGUCAAAUUAUUGUUUCUAAUUUUCACAACAAUCCUCUGUUUUCUCCAGUGGACUACAUCGUGAUGCAGUUCGGACGAAUAGCCGACGACAUUUUCACUCUGGACUUCAACUACCCGCUGUGCGCCGUGCAGGCCUUCGCCAUCGCCCUCUCCAGCUUUGACGGCAAGAUCGCCUGUGAAUAA